UGUUUUUCAUUUUCCGGUCGCGAGUGUGUGAAAAAAAGGUUUUCGUUGAAAAUAAACUGAAAUUGUGCUGAAUCUAAAAGUUUAAUUGGCAAUAAAUAAACUACACACCACCGAAAACAUGGCCGAUAAAAUUGUAGACAGCGAAAUGAACGGCGAAGAUUUCACCAAGGAUGUGACCACCAAUGACGCGAGCUCCGAAAAUGGUGAUGCGGCGGGCGCUGCCGGUUCCACCAACGGCUCAGAACACACAUCCGCUGCCUCUAACCAGCGGGAUGACGACAGGAAACUGUUUGUGGGCGGCCUCAGCUGGGAGACGACCGAGAAGGAACUGCGGGACCAUUUCGGCAAAUUUGGCGAAAUCGAGAGCAUCAACGUUAAGACAGACCCACAGACCGGACGCUCCAGGGGCUUUGCCUUCAUUGUAUUCACAAACACUGAGGCCAUCGAUAAGGUGAGCUCUGCGGAAGAGCACGUCAUCAACAGCAAGAAGGUCGAUCCCAAGAAAGCCAAGGCUCGCCACGGCAAGAUCUUUGUCGGCGGCCUGACCACAGAAAUUAGCGAUGAGGAAAUCAAAACCUAUUUUGGCCAGUUCGGCAACAUCGUUGAGGUUGAGAUGCCCUUCGAUAAGCAAAAGUCGCAGCGCAAAGGUUUCUGCUUCAUCACCUUCGAUUCGGAGCAGGUGGUCACAGAUCUGCUGAAGACGCCCAAACAGAAGAUCUCUGGCAAGGAGGUCGACGUGAAGCGUGCCACGCCCAAGCCCGAGAACCAAAUGAUGGGAAUGCGCGGUGGUGCACGAGGUGGAAUGCGAGGUGGACGCGGUGGCUACGGACGCGGUGGCUACAACAACCAGUGGGACGGUCAGAGCUCAUACUCUGGCUACGGCGGCUAUGGCGGCUACGGUGCUGCCGGUGGCUACGGCGACUACUAUAGUCCUGGUGGCUACUAUAAUGGAUAUGACUACGGUUAUGACUACGGCUACGGCGGCGGCUUCGACGGUAAUGGCUACGGAGGCGGCGGUGGUGGUGGCGGCAGUUUGGGCGGUCGCGGUGCCGGCGGCCCACGCGGCGGUGGCCCCAAAGGCGGCGGCGGCGGUGGUGGCGGUGGCGGCAGCUUCAACGGUGGCAAACAGCGCGGCUCGGGACGCCAGCCCAGGCAUCAGCCGUACUAAGCAACGUUGCCACUGGGCACUCGCACUCUCCAGAUAACUACAAACUAUUUGAAUUUUACCUAGUUUAGUUUGUUAUGCAUUACUACAACCACAACACACCAAUCCACUUUUUGAGUAAACGCAUAUAUACGCACCUGUAUAUAUGAGUAAACAUUUGCAAAAGGGACUGCAAGGAGGCAGACACCCACCCACAACUCUCAUUGCAUUAGACAGACUGGCAGCAGCAGUAGGAGUAGAAGUAGCAGCGGCAGCAGCGGCUACAAGCAACAAUCUUACACACAUGUUGUGUAGCACCAUUCCAACAACAAUUAAAUCAACAACAGCCGCAAUCAAGAACAGCCGCAACAGGAGCGUCAUUAAAACAUACACAGCCACACAGAAAGAGUACAUAAAUACAUACAUAAAUACAUACAAAACAUACAUACAUACAUACAUAGAUAGUUAGGCCUAGAGACAGAUGUAAUUUUUCAGCAAGUGGCUAAUUUUUCAUAGCCACACGCUCGUUAAGCCGGCAGACCAACCCGACCCGACCCGACACCCACCCAAAAGCAAGCAGGUAUCCCUCAAGCCACACCCCCCACAAGAAACACUCUUAAGCAGGCUAAUCGGGGCAACCCCCUGGCAGUUCUGUGUGUCGAAACAAAUUCGUUUUUCUAAUGGUAGUCUCAUGUAUUAUGCGGGGUAAUUGUUGAAGAGCUACAUACAUG